CCAGCGCCUGUGAGGAGCGGCCCUCCCUCUGCUCGGCCCGCGGCCGCCUCCAAAAGGGGCGGAGCUCGGCGGCGGCGCGCGCAGCUCCUAGAGCCCGCGGUUGGUCGGUUCUACUUUCCCUCCGCCUCCUUUAAAAGAGUUUUGUUAUGUUGCUAAAAUCAUGGUGAAAUGUUGCUCGGCCAUUGGAUGUGCUUCUCGCUGUUUGCCAAAUUCCAAGUUAAAAGGACUGACAUUUCAUGUAUUCCCCACAGAUGAAAACAUCAAAAGAAAAUGGGUGUUAGCCAUGAAAAGACUAGAUGUGAAUACUGCAGGCAUUUGGGAGCCCAAAAAAGGAGAUGUGCUGUGCUCGAGGCACUUCAAGAAGACAGACUUUGACAGAAGCACUCCAAACACUAAGCUGAAACCAGGAGCCAUCCCUUCUGUCUUUGAGUCUCCCUGUCACUUACAGGAGAAAAGAGAAAAGCUUCAUUGUAGAAAAAACUUCAUUCUCAAAACCCUUCCUGUCAGUAACCGUGGCCACCAGCUUGUUGGCGCCUCAUGCAUUGCAGAAUUCCAACCCCAGCUCAUUUUUGAACAUAGCUACAGUGUUAUGGACAGUCCAAAGAAACUUAAGCAUAAAUUAGAUCUUGUGAUCAUCGAGCUAGAGAAUACCAAGGAAAGUCUACAGAAUGUUUUGGACCGAGAAAAACAUUUUCAGAAAUCAUUGAGGAAGACAAUCAGGGAAUUAAAGGAUGAAAGUCUGAUCAGCCAGGAAACAGCCAGUAGACUGGAUGCUUUCUGUUGGGAGUGUUGUCAGGAAAGCACAGCUUGAGACGACUGAAUAUGCCCCAUCUGCAACGGACAUGAUAACGCUUCUUAGAAGCCUCUCCCACACCGCCACUCAACCCUGGCAGCACCGGCAGCAGUACGCAAGCCAAAAGCUGGUUGGAGAUGUGUAGAAAGCUGGUGUGGUUGUGCACUUGUGUGACUUGUGACAAUUCUGUUUUACACACGUAAACUACUGCUGGGUCACUACUGUAAAGUGGUUAAAUCUCAUAAAAGUAAGGAACUAUAUACCAAGUUGGCCAUAUUAAGUUCUGGCAGUUAGAAGAACAACAUGUUUACUUAUAUAUGCUUUAUAGUAAAAUGUGAUUUUAAUUUUAAAUAUUUUACUAUAAAGCAGAAUUUGUUUACAGCACGUGUUCAUCUUGCACCCACGCCAAGGUGCUUUAGUUAUUAGUCAUACUACAGAGUAUUCUUUUUAAUAAGGCACUCAGUAGCCCUGAGCCUGAGAAUAACACAGGGAAAAGACUUACUGCCUUUCAAGUUAAGAGACCAUUAAAGGGGACAGCUGACAGGGUACCGGGUGUCCGGUUCAGUGCGCCACUCCUCACAGGGACUCGUCUGACAUAGAGUAGCUUUAGGCACCAGAGCGGAAGCAUGUAAAACAUAAGGAAACGUGUGUAAAACAGGAAACUGUUUCAAAUGGACAGACUUUGCAGUGGAAAAAGAAACGAGAGAACUAAUGACUGCCCAGUGGCAGUAAUUAAUUGCUUAGAGAAAUGGACAUUCAAAAGAGCUGCUUUGAAACUUCUUACCAAAUAGACAAAAGAAAAGUCUUAGCUAUUUACCAAUUGAGCCAAUGUUAAAAAUUAACUGAAGUUAAGAAUCAUAAAUACUGUACAUUAGAAUAAAAAGUGUUGGCCAGAGUCCCACCCCAUGCUGAGCACAGGUCUGUGACUGAACCUUACUCAGACACCUGUGCAUAGUCACUAGAGUAUGAGCAGCAAUUGUUUGAUCGUCUUAUUAAAUCUUAUUUUGUAACUGUUUCAUGUUUCAUGUUAGUAUUGUGCGGAUAUGGUCAGUUGAAGAUUUUUGUGUUUAAAUUGUUUAGUUUCCAUGUGUGUUUAAUUACCUGCCUGUCAUUUCAUUUCCCUAUAAUGUAUAAUGUCAGUGGGUACUCUAACAGGAAGUGUAGGUGGGUUCUAAACCCCCAGCCUCUCUCUGGGUGAGUGCGGACACUAAAGUUGGUGAUGGGUGACUGACAGGAAAGACUCCCCUCCCCUGGCUGCCUGUGACAGAGCAAGCCUGCAAGACUCUCUAGAGGGAGGGUCCAGAUUCUCCCCGUUACAGUGGCACGGGUCACUCGGCUGCUCAAGUCUCUGUCCUGUCUUUCACUGUGUCUAGUAUCACUGAGAAGUUGGUAACUCACUACCCUUCUGGAGCAGAGUUACCAUUAGAAGUCAGACUUAAAGUAUAGCGUCCCUCCCACCUGCCACCUGAAUGCCUAAACACAGUCCCUACCUCAGUCCUCCACUCAGAGUGCAGCCUAGGUCUCCCAGGGAAGAAUAAAGUAAAGCUAAGCUACGUGGUGAUGUGAAUGCCUUUAAUCCCAGCACUCCGGGGACUACAGGCACAGGAAGGUAGGGCCCUGUGAGAUAAAGGACAGCCAGGGCUACACAGAGAAAUCUUGUCUUGAAUAAAACAAAAAUGACGAUGAUGGUGGUGGUGGUGUCGGUGAUGAUGAUGAUGAUGAUGACGACGUAAGCUAAAUCAUGGCCUAUCUAGAAGUCCUCAGGCAACCAAAGCUGACCCAAGAGUUCUAGUUUCUAAACCUAACAGGUCUCUGGACCCCAAAACACCCUUGAUUUCCAAAGAAGGUACGAAGGAGUCGAUGUGGCAUUUUCUUCCAUAUCAAGUUUAAAUUUCUGAAAAUAAACUUUGUUGCUAAAGGUAGCUAUAAUUAUACAAGUCUUUAAUUUCAGAAGAGAUGAAAAUGUAUUAAAUACUGUUUUAGUUUUUAAAAGUAAAAUUCUUAACAGAAAUAAUUGAGGAAUGAAAGCUAUUUAUUUGAAAAAUAAAAAUUUUGUCUAAUAA